CUGAGUUGAAUUUAUAUCUCAUUCAUUCCAGUGUACUGAUACGCACUUUUAGCUUCUCUGGUUUGAAGCCCUCAUCCUUAAGUCAGGGCUAUGAUGCCCUUCACCACCUGCCCCAGCCACCGUCUUCCCAGACCCUUCGACGGAGAUCCAUAUUACCUUCCUACUUAUUCCAUCCUCGGACUCCUUCGCUCUGGACGAUCCCUCUUCGACUUUGACAACAUCGCCCUAGCAAGAAUUAGACAGGACAUUCACAAAUCGGAGAGUCAUGUCACAGCAUUCGAUCUCGCAAUAAGGGGUCUCCAAAAGCACAGGAAUAGGGUUAAUCAUAACCUGCGGAUGUAUCAUUCACUUUUCGCUGUAAUACGGCGUCUCCCUCUCGAUGUGCUUCUACACAUCUUCCAGCUCCUUCCCGUUGAUACUAUCGACCCGAAUUGUUCCCCGUGGACCCUCGGUAUUAUCUGCCACUCGUGGAGAUCGGUAUACCUCUCCGUCUCAACGCUGUGGUCUAGAAUAUUCAUUGAUAUUCGGGCUGGUGCAGAACUACGUCCGCAGUCUGUAUCCAUGCUCCACACGUCCCGCUCACGAUCUCGGUAUCUUACCACAAUCAGUCCUCCCCGAUCUCUCCAUUCCUAUUCUCCAUACUAGAUCUCCUAAUUUCCCACUCUUCUCGUUAGUCCGUGGUAGAAUUCGACAUAUCGCGCCUUUCCUAUCACAUCUUCGAUCGUUUGAACCCUGUUCCUAUGUUACGGACAAUAAAUGUCACCUUGGAUCCCGGAUUCAUGCAUUUUGGGACGAAAGACCUUCUGGCUCAUUCCCCACAGCUUCGCGCUGUAUCAUUGACAGGGAUACCAUUGUCGUCUCUCGACCUGCCUUUCAGCACGCUUAUCUCUAUUGGCAGUGCAAUUGAUA